AUGGACUUGGAUCAACUGGACCUAAACCCCAGAAUUACUGCUGCAGUUAAGAAGGGACGAUUGAAGUCAGUGAAGGAGGUUCUGUGCUACUCGGGACCAGAUUUGCAGAGGCUCACCAGCCUGCCCACCCACGACGUGCAGCAUCUGCUGAGAGCGGCCGCUCUGCACCUUCAGGGCAGCCGUGUCCUUACAGCAUUGCAGCUGUUCCAGCAGAGGGAGCGCUUCCCUGAGCAGCAUCAACGCCUGAGCCUGGGCUGCCCUGUCCUGGAUCAGUUCCUUGGUGGCGGCCUGCCCCUGGAGGGCAUCACUGACCUGGCUGGCUGCAGCUCGGCAGGGAAGACCCAGCUGGCGCUACAGCUUUGCCUGACUGUGCAAUUCCCACGGCAAUAUGGAGGCCUGGAGGCGGGGGCCGUCUACAUCUGCACAGAGGAUGUCUUCCCCAGCAAGCGGCUGUGGCAGCUCAUUGAACAGCAACAGCAGCUGCGGACAGAUGUGCCUGGGGAGGUGGUCCAGAAGAUCAAGUUCGGCAACCACAUCUUCAUUGAGCAUGCGGCCGAUGUGGACACCUUGUUGGAGUGUGUGAGUAAGAGGGUCCCUAUUCUGCUGUCAAGGGGAAUGGCCCGCCUGGUGGUGGUUGACUCUGUUGCAGCCCCUUUUCGUUGUGAGUACGAUGUUCAGGCCUUGGCCACCAGGGCCAAACACCUGCGGUCACUGGGGACCAUGCUCCGAAGACUGAGCAGCACCUUCCGGAGCCCUGUGCUGUGCAUCAACCAGGUGACAGAAAUGGUGGAGGAGCAAGAGUCUAUGCUCAGGCCACUGGGGGCCUGGGAUGAGCACCUCUCUCCAGCCCUUGGCAUCACCUGGGCUGACCAGCUCCUGAUGAGAAUGAUGGCUGACCGGGUCCGUGAGGAUGAUGCCACUAUGGGCCCAGCUCGGACUCUACGAGUGCUCUUCGCCCCCCACCUGCCCCUCUCUUCCUGUUGCUACACAGUCGGUGGGGAAGGCAUUAGAGGGAUACCAGGAACUGAGUCCUGUUAACAGUUGCCCAGCAGAUCACCCUGAUUCUGAUGAGUCCUUCCAACCGUGUUAGCACCUGGUGGACAGAUACCCACUGCCACUUAGCAUCUGCUCUCCUCUCCCUGGGGUUCGCCUACUGCUGAGCCUUGGAGUUUGGCCCCACACACUGCCGUUUAGAGCGGUAGUUCUCACCUGGGGGUCAAACAACUCACAGGAGUCAACCAAGACCAUCAGAAAACACAGAUAUUUACAUUGCGAUUCAUAGCGAUCAAAAUUACAGUU